AUGCGGGUCCCGCUGCGCUCCGUGCCCGCGCUGGUGCUGUGCACCCUGACCCUGCUCCGCCUGGGCUGCGCUCCGACCCGGGCACUCACCUGGGCACCGACCGGAGCAUCCACCCGGGCACUCACCUGGGCACCCACGCGUGCUCCCGGCCGUGCCCCGGCCCGCUCCCCGCCGCGCUGUCCCCCGCUGAUGCUGCAGCUGCUCCGCGCCCCUCCAGCCCCGCUCCGCGCCGCCGCCGCCGCCGCUCUCAGCCUCUCCCCACACGGCUCCCUGCAGAACGGCUCCCGCUGGGCGCUCUCCUUCGACAUGUCGUCCCUGUCCAGCAGCCAGGAGGUGAAUCUGGCUCAGCUCCGUGUGCUCCUGCCCGGCCUCUCCCGCGCCCACAACGUCUCCCUGGACAUCUACCACAGCCAGCGGCGCAGGUGCCGGGGAGAUGGGGCCUGCGCCCACCAGCUCUUCCUGGGCACCGUGACUGGCAGCCCCUCUGCCACCCAGGCCUCCUGGAAAGUCUUUGAGGUCACCAACCUGCUGCGGUCCUGGCUGCACCAAGCCGUGGUCGCUGGGCACCGCGGUCCCACGGGAAGGGGGCACUGGGAGGAGGGUGGGUCACCUGCUCCGGCCACCGCUGCCCCGGGGCACACCGGCCACGGGGACCCAGCCCUGCCCCAGGACGUGGCAGACAGAGUCCUGCUGCUCGUCUUCUCCGAGGACAAGUCUCCAGGAGACCACAGCCUCAUCAGGACAGCGGAGACCUCCAAGUACAUCAUGCGUGAGAGCGGCUCGCAGGGCGCGGGGACGCGCCGGCAGCGCAGGAACAGGAUGGAGAGGCAAAGGAUCAAAGCGAGCGACGCGGCCGCCCCGCGGGAGCAGGGCAGGGCCCUGUGCAGGCGCGUGGACAUGAUGGUGGAUUUCGAGCAGACGGGCUGGGGCAGCUGGAUCGUUUACCCCAAGAAGUACAACGCCUACCGCUGCGAAGGGCUGUGCCCCUCGCCCGUGGACGAGACCUUCAAGCCCACCAACCACGCCUACAUACAGAGUUUGCUGCAGCUCUACAAGCCCAACCAGGUGCCGUGUCCCGCCUGCUCCCCAGUCAAGAUGAGCCCCCUCUCCAUGCUCUACUACGAGAAGGGCGAGAUCGUCGUCCGCCACCACGAGGACAUGAUCAUCGAGGAGUGUGGCUGCAACUGAGGCCACCCUGCACCCUGCCAGGAAGGUGCACGUCUGCCCAAAAGCGCCCCGAGGACCAACCCACGAGCACUGCACGCACCAGGGCGUCUCCGAGGCCCACGCUCCUGUGGGAUGGACCUGGGGAGGAGCCCGGCAGUUCUGCAGCACUGCACGGCCACAGUGCCUGGCUGGAUCCAGGCUCCAAAGGGAAAAGACCGCCGGCCACCUUCCCGUGGCACGAGGGGCUGCUCUGGAGUGGAGGGUGCCCCGAGGAGCUGGUGGCUGCUGUGCCUGGCACACAGGCAGGAGCUGAGGUGCAGGACUGGGGCACAGCAGCGUCGCUCCCUGCCGUGACACGGCUCAGGUGAUGUUGCCUUUCCCAGCCAGGGGAAUCACCAGGACCCACGGGUCCUCAGGACCCUGCAGUUCCGGCCAUGCUGAGCAUCCACACCGCCAGGAUUUUCAAUCUCCCCUGUGGUUUAGGCAUUUCUCCUAAGGAUUCUAUUAUAUUUCUAUUAAAACUAUCAGAUUUCUAUUACAACUCAGACAAGUGAAUGUAUUACCCGUUGUCCAGAGCCCCGGCUGGCAGAUCCAGGGGGGCAGCUGUUACAAACAAGUAACCACAGCUCUGCUCGAGCCUUUUCCCCCUCGCUGGAUGGGGU